GAGGCUGUUAAAUUAUUUUUUUUUCUGUUUGUUUUGAUCUUUGGUGUUGUGUGAGUGAACAUCUUUUACCAUAGUUGCUAGUUAGCUGUUUGGGGAAAACAGUGGUUGAAGAGUGUGUUCGUCCCAUUCCUGGAAGCAAGAAGGCCGGGCCGAAGGAACUUCUAAUUCCCGUCGUCAACACCAUUGCUGGAGCGUUGGCGCCUGCAUAGUGCUUCGUAAUUGUGACUGCUGUCCUUUCUGUACUAAGUGUAAGGAUGGACAAUGAGGAGAUGGCAGCUCAACUUAGAACCCUGACUGAGCUUGUGCAGCAAUUGCAGGCAGACAACACAAAACUUAGGGAAGAGGUCGCCCAAAGGUCAGUUCCGCCAACACCCGAUAGUUUGCCAGGUCAGUCCCCUAGGCCUGGUCCUGUAAAUGAGGCCGUUAGACCAGCCCCAACUGGAGUAGUAGAACGCUAUGUGUAUAUCCCUCGUGAGCGUAAGUGCCCACGGUUCUCUGGGAGACUGUCUCAUGAUUCUUUAACGGUGGAGGAUUGGGUGGAGGAGGCCCGCCGCCACUUAUCUUCACGGCAUAUGCCACUUUCCGAACAGGUUUUGACUAUUUUUGAUUUGUUAGAUGGUGAGGCCAGGACCGAGGUUAAGUUUCGCCCUGCUUCCGAUAGAGAUGACCCCGAUAAGAUCUUUGGUAUACUUACCAGUAUUUAUGGUUGCUCCCACUCCUAUAUUAGUCUACAGAAGCAGUUUUUCCAGCGACGGCAACUUGCAGGGGAGUCUUUGAGGGAAUACUCCCAUGCUCUUAUGCACAUGAUGGAAGCUGUAAAGAGGAGGGAUCCGGUCUGUUUUGCGAAUCCUGAUGUGGUAUUGCGUGAUCAGUUCAUAGAGCAUGUAGGGGACAGUAUGUUGAAACGGGAGCUGCGACGUCAAGUACGGCUCCACCCAACUAUCACUUUCUAUGAUGUCCGUAGUGAAGCUAUUCGUUGGGUAGAGGAGGGUGAGCACUCUAGUGACCCUAGGCCCCGUGCACAUUCCUGUAGUACCAAUGUAGUCCAAGAGCAUGAUGUUGACUCCAACGCAGUGUCCGUUAAGCCUACCAAUGAGUUGACUGAGCUAAAAGAGAGUCUCCGUAAGCAACAGUCCCAAUUAGACACCAUUUUGCGCCGUCUCGAUUCCCCUUUGCUACCUGACCAGUCCAUCCGUAGGCCACUUGUGCGUAGCUCUCGUUAUCGUUUCCAAGCUGAUGGCAAGCCCAUAUGUUUGCGAUGUAACCAACCUGGCCAUAUUGCACGUUUUUGUCAACCUCCAAAUGCUGCUCCUAGAGCAGAGAUAGAGUCCCACUCUCUCCCUCGGCAGCAGCCGGAAAACUAGUACCCCCUGACGUUAUGGCCCAAACGUUGGGUGGGGAGUCAUUGGGCUUGACAUUAAUAGGCACACGACAACUCAUUGGCAAAUGUCCAGUAGUAGAGGUUAAGAUUGGGGGUGUGGCGGUGGCUUGCUUGCUGGACACUGGCUCUAUGGUGACUACAGUCACCCAGAAAUUUUUCGAGCAGCAGUUACAACCCCUUUUUCACACUGGUUUACAAUCUUGUAACUGGCUUAAGUUAAAAGCAGCAAACGGCUUGGAGAUACCAUACUUAGGAUAUCUAGAACUAGAUGUACAUCUUUUUGGCCGAACCCUGCCUAAAAUGGGUAUCCUCGUCAUUAAAGACCCAGCUGACCCAGACGCCCAGGCCCGCAAAGAUUCUGUUCCCGGCCUCCUUGGAAUGAACAUUAUCAGCAAGUGCUAUCAAGAAUUGUUUGUCGACCAUGGCAGCGCCUUAUUUCGAUCCCCUGAUGUCCGGCAGGCUGGCAGGGUGUGGCAGCAAGCCCUGUCUGAAUGUCAACAUCUUGAACGUGCCUUGGAGAGUGGCAAAGUGGGUUCUGUACGGGUGCAGCCAGGGCCAGCGAUCCAAGUGCCAGCAGGGUCCAUGAAGCUGGUUCCAGCCACUUGCCACCCAGGAUUGGGGUCCACACUUCCGUCUGCUCUUCUAGAGCCUGUAUCGUUCACUGAUGGCCAUCUGCCAGGUAACCUGCUCAUUCCAACAGCUUACCUUUCCGUCACUUGUGGCCGGGUUCAAGUGCCAGUUGUUAAUAUAGGAUGUCAAGAUCAGUGGCUUUGGCCAAAGACCGUGCUCGGGAAACUUUAUGUUGCCACCUCACCGGUUUCUGCUUCUGCCAUCAACUUUGAAAUCCAGGGAGACAGUCACGAGCAGAUAGCCUUUAUCCAGUCCAUUCACACAGGAGAACACACCGAUACAAGCUUUUCCCAGCUUACCUGGCCCACAUUGUCAGAUCAAGAACAGCAGGAAGCUCGCGGGCUGUUGGAGAAGUACAGCAAUACAUUCAGUCAGAGUGAUGGGGACUUAGGAUGUACCAACUUAGUCCAACACACCAUUCCCUUGCUGGAUGAUGCCCCUGUGCGGCAACGGUAUCGCCGCCUUCCACCUUCUCAAUAUGACUUGGUGAAAAAGCACGUCCAAGAGUUGCUAGACCAUAACAUCGUCAGGCCCAGUUGCAGUCCUUAUGCAUCACCUAUUGUGGUGGUCCAGAAGAAAGAUGGUUCAAUUCGCCUGUGUGUCGACUACCGCCAGCUCAACGCCAAGACACGUAAGGACGCAUUCCCACUUCCCAGGAUAGAAGAGUCCCUGGAUGCAUUGAGUGGAGCCAAGUGGUUCAGUACCUUGGACUUAGCCAGUGGCUAUAACCAAGUCCCAGUCAGCGAGCAAGAUCGUGAGAAGACCGCGUUUUGCACGCCCUUUGGGCUUUUUGAAUUCAACAGGAUGCCCUUUGGGCUGUGUAACGCUCCAGGUACUUUCCAACGCUUAAUGGAGCGCAU